AUGGCCAGUUGGGAAAUAGGUACUCGGGCCUGGUUCCCCAACCAGGCCGAGGGCUUCAUUCCUGGAGAGUUGGCUGCGAGAAAGGCAGUUGGCGAUGGAAAGAUUACCCUUGUUUUCAAUCUCGCCGAUGAGUCUCAGCACACGGUCGAGACCACCGAAGAUGCCUUGCAAGACACCCAGAGUGCCGCUCUUCCUCCCCUGAUGAAUCCUCCCAUGUUCGAAGCCGCCGAAGACUUGACCAAUCUCUCCCACUUGAACGAACCUGCCAUCCUGCAGGCCAUCAAGCUUCGAUAUGCUCAGAAAGAGAUAUACACCUACUCUGGUAUUGUCCUCAUUGCAACCAACCCUUUUGCCCGAGUCGACUCUCUCUAUGUACCUCAAAUGGUACAAGUUUAUGCCGGCAAGCAGAGAGCCUCCCAAGCACCCCAUCUGUUUGCCAUUGCAGAAGAGGCCUACACAGACAUGUUACGAGACACCCGGAAUCAGACUGUUGUAGUCUCUGGUGAGUCCGGUGCAGGCAAGACCGUUAGUGCCAAGUAUAUCAUGCGAUAUUUCGCGACUCGUGGAGGCCCUGGCCAGUCCUCAAAGAGCACCAAAGGCAGAGCCGAUGCUAUCAGCGAGACCGAGGAACAGAUUCUGGCAACGAAUCCUGUCAUGGAAGCAUUUGGUAAUGCAAAAACUACAAGAAAUGACAACUCUUCUCGCUUCGGAAAAUACAUCGAGAUUAUGUUUGAUAAGAAUACAGACAUUAUUGGUGCCCGCAUACGAACAUAUUUACUCGAACGCUCUCGUUUGGUAUUCCAGCCAUUGAAGGAGCGAAAUUACCAUAUCUUCUAUCAACUGGUGGCUGGUGCGACUCCCCAAGAACGGGAGGAGCUCGGUCUUCUGAAUGUCGAAGAGUUUGAUUAUCUAAAUCAAGGCAAUGAUCCAGUGAUUGACGGAGUGGAUGACGCUGCAGAGUAUAUAGCGACGAAGAAGUCCAUGACAACCAUCAACAUCUCGGAACCCACACAAAGAGAGAUCUUCCGAAUCCUCGGUGCACUCCUACACUUCGGUAACAUCAAAAUCACUGCCACACGAACAGACUCUACUCUUUCUGCAACCGAACCUGCCCUGGUACAGGCAUGCCAAAUUUUGGGCAUCGAUGCGACGAAUUUCGCCAAGUGGACGGUCAAGAAACAACUCAUUACCCGCGGAGAGAGAAUCACCUCAAAUCUCACCCAGCAACAAGCGACCGUUGUUCGAGAUUCGGUGGCAAAAUUCAUCUAUUCAAGUCUUUUCGAUUGGCUAGUUGAGACAAUCAACCAUGGCCUAGCAACCGAAGAGGUUCUACAACGACUGAACACCUUCAUUGGUGUUCUCGAUAUUUAUGGCUUCGAACACUUUGCCAAAAAUUCAUUCGAACAAUUUUGCAUCAAUUAUGCCAACGAGAAGCUUCAGCAGGAAUUCAAUCAGCAUGUCUUCAAACUUGAACAAGAAGAAUACAUGCGUGAACAAAUUGAUUGGACUUUUAUUGACUUCUCUGACAAUCAACCGUGUAUUGAUCUUAUAGAAGGCAAGCUUGGUGUCCUAUCUCUCCUUGACGAAGAGUCGAGGCUACCAAUGGGAUCUGAUGAACAAUUCGUCACCAAGCUUCACCAUCAUUUCGCUGCAGACAAGCAGAAAUUCUACAAGAAACCAAGAUUCGGAAAGUCUGCAUUUACCGUCUGUCAUUAUGCCCUCGAUGUCACCUAUGAAUCUGAUGGAUUCAUUGACAAAAAUCGAGAUACUGUACCAGAUGAGCAGAUGGAGGUGCUUAAGAACUCCUCCAAUUCUUUCCUAGUGCAAGUCUUGGAGGUCGCUGCGGCGGUGCGAGAAAAGGACUCCGCUCAAACAGCCUCCAAGACUGUUGCAGCUGGCGGUGGUCGACGAGUUGGUGUGGCUGUUAAUCGCAAGCCCACCCUUGGAGGCAUAUUCAAGAGCUCUCUCAUAGAGCUGAUGCAAACUAUCAACUCUACUGAUGCGCACUACAUUCGUUGUAUCAAACCCAACGAGGCAAAAGAAUCUUGGAAGUUUGAAGGACCUAUGGUUUUGAGUCAGCUUCGAGCUUGUGGUGUCCUUGAGACAGUCCGAAUCAGUACUGCCGGUUACCCUACUCGUUGGACUUAUGAGGAAUUUGCGCUGCGAUAUUACAUGUUGUGUCAUUCAUCCGAGUGGACCACUGAAAUCCGUAAGAUGGCCCAGAAUAUCUUGGUCAAGGCACUGGGUUCUACAGCUUCAGAGAAGCGCGAUAAGUAUCAGUUGGGUCUCACCAAAAUCUUUUUCCGAGCCGGCAUGCUAGCCUUCUUGGAGGACAAACGUUCUGCUCGACUGAAACAAUGUGCCAUUAUGAUCCAAAAGAAUCUGCGGGCAAAAUAUUGGCGACACAGAUAUCUGGAUGCUCGCCAAUCGAUCAUCGAUGUUCAAUCUGCCACUCGUGCGUUCAUUGCGCGCCGGAAAGCCGAAGAAACCAAACAAACCAAAGCGGCUACAGACAUUCAAAGGUUUUGGAGGGGACAAAAGGAACGCAAGCGUUACAAUCAAAUUAGAGACGAUCUCAUCACAUUCGAAUCUAUGGCCAAAGGUUUUCUGUGCAGGAAGAAUAUCCUGGAAACUCGGGUCGGAAAUGCUGCAAUCACGAUUCAACGAGCUUUCCGUUCGUGGAGAUCACUUCGUGCGUGGAGACAACAUCGCAGAAAGGUCAUCAUCAUACAAAAUCUCUGGCGUGGCAAAGUUGCUAGACGUGACUACAAGAAGGUUCGUGAGGAAGCUCGCGAUCUUAAGCAAAUAUCAUACAAGCUUGAGAAUAAGGUUGUUGAAUUGACUCAGAGUCUCGGCACACUGAAACGAGAGAACAAGACCUUGACUUCUCAGUUGGAGAACUACGAAGGUCAACUAAAGUCCUGGCGCUCCAGACACACUGCUUUGGAAACACGAUCAAGAGAAUUACAAACAGAAGCAAAUCAAGCCGGUAUUGUAGCAGCGCGUCUCAGCGCACUUGAGGAAGAACAUGCCAAGCUGCAAACCAGUCAUGACGAACACAUGGGAAAUGCAAAGAGGUUGCAAGAUGAAGACAAGAAACUCCGGGAAUCCUUACAAACGUCAAAUAAUGAGCUCGAAAAACUUCGACAAUCUGUCUCAACCCAUGAGAGCGAAAGGGGUUCCUUACGUCAACAGAUUAACGAGCUGCAAGAUCAAUUGGAAAUCGCAAGAAGAGCACCCCCGCCUCCGCAACCCAGCACCAACGGUGUCAAUGGCGAUUAUGCUACCGCCAAUGGCAACGGCCAGCCAGCCAGUGGUCUUAUUAAUUUGGUCUCGUCCAAGAAGCCUCUCAAGAGACGAAGUGCUGGCGCGGCUGAGAGAAGUGAGAUGGAUAGGUACAGUGGUGCCUAUAAUGCUCGACCUAUGUCGAUGGCCAUUGACAUGCACACUAAAACUCUCUCUGGCUCUACCUUCAAUCCAGGUUUGGACAGUGUGGAGAUGGAACUUGAGAAUCUCCUUGCACAGGAAGACGAACUCAAUGAGGAAGUCACAAUGGGCCUCAUUCGAGGUAUCAAGAUUCCACAGCCUGGAGCUAACCCUGCUCCAACAGACAAAGAAGUCCUCUUCCCAUCCUAUCUCAUCAACUUGGUAACUUCCGAGAUGUGGAACAACGGGUUCGUCAAGGAGUCAGAACGAUUCCUUGCAAACGUCAUGCAAUCCAUUCAACAAGAAGUCAUGCAACACGACGGCGAUGAAGCCGUCAAUCCUGGUGCUUUCUGGCUGUCCAAUGUUCAUGAAAUGCUAUCAUUCGUCUUCUUGGCGGAGGAUUGGUAUGAGGCUCAGAAGACCGACAACUACGAGUACGACAGAUUGCUUGAGAUUGUCAAACAUGAUCUCGAAAGUCUGGAAUUUAACAUCUAUCACACAUGGAUGAAGGUGUUGAAGAAGAAGCUUCAGAAGAUGAUCGUUCCUGCCAUUAUUGAAUCUCAAUCACUUCCAGGUUUCGUCACCAACGAGAGUAACAGAUUUCUCGGAAAGCUGCUUCCUUCGAACAAUACCCCUGCAUACAGUAUGGACAACCUCCUAAGCUUGUUGAACAAUGUUUUCAAGGCAAUGAAGGCAUACUACCUCGAAGACUCCAUCAUCACCCAAACCGUGACCGAACUCCUUCGACUGGUUGGUGUGACCGCAUUCAACGAUCUCCUCAUGCGCCGCAAUUUCCUCUCGUGGAAGAGAGGCUUGCAAAUCAACUAUAAUAUCACACGAAUUGAAGAGUGGUGCAAAAGCCAUGAUAUGCCUGAAGGUACACUCCAACUGGAGCAUCUCAUGCAAGCGACUAAACUUCUUCAACUGAAGAAGGCCACCCUCAACGACAUUGAGAUCAUCCAAGAUAUCUGCUGGAUGCUAUCACCGAAUCAAAUUCAGAAACUUCUGAAUCAAUACCUUGUUGCCGAUUACGAACAACCCAUUAAUGGUGAGAUCAUGAAAGCGGUGGCCUCGAGGGUUACUGAAAAGAGCGACGUUCUACUUUUGGCUGCUGUGGAUAUGGAGGACAGUGGACCCUAUGAAAUUGCUGAGCCCCGAGUCAUUACAGCACUUGAAACAUAUACCCCCUCAUGGCUUCAAACACCACGACUCAAACGACUGGCAGAGAUUGUAUCUGCCCAAGCCAUGGCUCAACAAGAACGAGGGGAUAUCCCAGAAGGUGCCAUUAGCGAUACUGAGGCUGUCUAA